AUGUCAACAUCAACAACGACUUUGCCAACAACAUCGCAAUUUGUGGACGCCUCGUUGACUUCGCUGUCAUUAACGGCAGUCUCGUCCUCCGCCUCAGCCGCCACAUCGUCGUCGUCGUCAACUUCAACGCCAGAUGUCGCUUUCGAGCUGCUUUCGACGCUGGCAAGCAACAUUACAGCCAGCACAAAUGCCAAUAUCAGCAACAGCCUCAAUGAUACCAGCAGCAUCGAGUUGGCUGGAGUUGAAGACAGUUGGUUGGAUCUGUCGCUGCUGGUGCUCAAAGGUUUUAUAUUUUCGUCAAUUAUACUUGCCGCUGUGCUGGGCAAUGCAUUGGUCAUUAUAUCCGUGCAGCGUAAUCGAAAGUUGCGCGUUAUAACAAAUUACUUUGUUGUGUCGCUGGCAAUGGCGGACAUGUUGGUCGCGCUGUGCGCCAUGACUUUCAAUGCAUCCGUGGAGCUGUCCGGUGGCAAGUGGAUGUUUGGCCCUUUUAUGUGCAACGUGUACAAUAGCCUGGAUGUUUACUUCUCCACAGCGAGCAUAUUGCAUCUCUGUUGCAUAUCUGUAGACAGGUAA